AUGAAGCGUAAGCAUGGGAAACCUCGACCCCAGGGCCGGGGCUGCAAGUACGGCUCCAAUGUGCACCGCAUCAAGAAUAUGUUCAUGCAAAUGGGUUCCCCUGGGGAAGAAGAGGAUCCGUCGAAGGCCAAAGACCAGUCCAUCCGACUCUCCCUCCCCAGAGCGAGCAGUCUGAAUGAGAAUGUGGAUCACAGCGCGCUGCUCAAACUCGGCGGGACUGUGUCAGAGCGAGUUAGCCGCUUCGAUGGUAGCAGCUCCCGUGGACCAACCACAAGCUCCUCCAAGCUACAGGAGACACGGAAGAUAUUUGAGCAGCGUCACCUGCAGGAGAAGCAGGCUGCGACUAAUCGAAUCCUGUUAAAGAAAGAGCGGGCAUCGGGCUUCCAAGACAGCCGUUUGGAUGUGGUGGUGCGCUUCAACGGCAGCACAGAGUCAUUGGACAGACUGGAUGCGGGGGACUGUCGCGCAGAUGCAGUAUCCCCAACAGUCAGCCAAUUGAGUGCAGUGUUUGAACGGGCCGACCAGCGCAACAACCUACUCCGACCGUCUUCAACCUCCCCGCUGCCUUCUACCCCGGCCAAGGUGGGAGGAAUCAGCGCCAAAGUUGUCACUAGAAAGACACGAGUCUCCCCUCCGACAGAGAACCAAGAGGAGGGAGCUCAGCGCAAUGACCAAGAGGCUGCACCUGGGAGUCCGAAGAGUAGAACAAGCAUCCAAGCUGAUGGACCCAAAGGCAAACCAUCCGAGGAUGUGGCUGCUGGUACAGAUUUAGAUAAGUCCAGGUCAGAAGAGGGUUCCAAACCAGAGGAGCAUGCAGCACCAGGAGCACCAGAUGCAGGGAGCAGACUGGUACAGGCGGAUGUUCACGCCUCUCUGGAAAAUGGAGAGGCCACCAACAGCCAUGAGCCCUCAGAACGAAAGGAGGAAAUUGGACAGGCCUGCGUCGAGGAGGAAUCCUACAGAGAGGAUAUCUCAGAAGCAGACCUGGUGGACAUCAGCGCGUAUAGCGGGAUCGGAGAGGACUCUGGUGGGAGUCAGCUGGAUGAAGAUGAGGAGGCUGAGGAUGAUGAUACUUAUGAACCAGAAUCCAGCUGUUCGGAAAUUCCUGGGCUGCCUGUGGAAGAUGAACCACCCCCCAGCAGGAAGAUUCGUUUCAGUACAAACUCCAUCAAGGUGUUCACCACAUACUCGAACGAGGACUACGACAGGCGUAAUGAUGAGGUUGACCCCAUGGCGGCUUCGGCCGAGUAUGAACUGGAGAAGAGGGUGGAGAGACUGGACCUUUUCCCCGUCGAGUUGGAGAAAGAUAAAGACGGAUUGGGAAUCAGCAUCAUCGGGAUGGGUGCCGGCGCAGACAUGGGCCUGGAAAAACUGGGAAUCUUCGUCAAAACAGUGACGGAAGGAGGAGCCGCCCACCGAGACGAAAGGAUCCAGGUGAAUGACCUGAUCGUGGAGGUGGACGGAACCAGCCUGGUGGGCGUGACCCAAAAUUUUGCUGCAUCGGUCCUCAGGAACACCAGCGGCACUGUCAAGUUUGUGAUUGGCCGGGAGAAGCCGGGGGAACAGAGUGAAGUGGCCCAGCUGAUCCAGCAGACACUGGAACAGGAGAGAUGGCAGAAAGAAAUGAUGGAGCAGCGCUACAACCCCUACAUGGAAGAGGAUGAAGAGACGGGUGAAUAUGCCACCGAUGAAGAGGAAGAGAUGAGCCCCAUGUUUCCUAAUGCCAUCGAGGUGUUUGACCUGGCAGAGAAUGAAGACAUGCUCUCUCCUGUGGAGAUGGACCCAGAGAAACUCGCACACAAGUUUAAGGAGCUCCAGAUAAAACAUGCUGUGACCCAGGCUGAGAUCCAGCAGCUCAAGAGGAAGCUGGCUCACGCUGAGCAGGAUAAGCUGCGCUGGCGGAUGGAGAGGGCUCAGUUGGAGCAGACGGUGAGAGAGAAUAAGGAGCGGAUGGAGAAGUUGGAGGGCUAUUGGAUGGAGGCUCAGAGCUUGUGCCAGGCGGUGGAUGAGCACCUGAAAGAGACGCAGACGCAGUACCAGGCGCUGGAGCGCAAGUACAGCAAAGCCAAACGCCUCAUCAAAGAGUACCAGCAGAAAGAGAUUGAGUAUUUGAAGAAGGAGACGGCCCAGCGCAGAGCACAAGAGGAGUCAGAGGCCAGCCACAAGGUGGAGACAGAAAAUCUCCAGGAGAAGAUUACUGACUUGGAGUCAAAGGUUGGCGCUCUGAAGAGCUUGGAGCCGUCGUAAACCUUCCUCUGUGGAAAUGACGGAGAGAACGACAGAAACGCCUUGAACUCCGCCCACUCUACCCUCCGACCACAUUUUCCCUCCAUGACCUGAAGAGCCUGAUGAACUACAGGAAACAUGCUGAGGGGAUGUUACCGGGGACAAAGAGGGGACAACACACACUGUACCAGACGCCUGAGGGACGUCUAGCCAUCAGGAGGCCCUUUUUAUAGUCAUUCAGUCAUGUUCUCCAUUUCUUUUUAAGCGCCCUUAAAGGUAUUAUGAGCCUCUCUGCUCUCGGCAGGAAUGUAGAACCUCUUCGUUAAUAAACGUUCACUCACAUGCUUGCAGGAGAAGAGCGAAGCGGUUGCCGGACAAAGACGGCACGGAUGCCCACACGCACCCUUAAUAUGUGUAGGAUGGGAGCGGGAGGCGGUCUGUAUAGCAGUGACUGACAAGAGGACUGUUUGUAUAUAUUCUGGCAUAUAUUUAAAUAUUAAAACCGCUUAAGCAAUGUACUGGGGGGAGGAGAAGGGGUAAGGGCUUUACUUUUCACAUCUAGGCAAAUAAUACAGUGAAAAUGAUCCAUUUUUGCAUGGCAAAAGAUAGUUUUUUAGGACUAAAUUGGAAAACAGGGUGUGAAAAGUGUAAUCUUGACAUUUAGAGUUAGCAUUCAGGGGCUUCUCAUGUUUGCUUUCUGUGUAAAAGACGUGCUAAUGGAAGUAGAAUGAAUAGGGGCUUAUGGGUGAGGUUUCUUCACAGGUUGUGCUUUAACUCCAGUGCUUGUGGUUAGUUGGUGCAGUGUGCCUCGGUCAACCCUGCAAUGUCGUCUGACUCUGUGGCGUGACAGAGUAAGACUUCUGCAUCAAUCAGAAAUAUGGCCUUGUUUUAUUGCUACCCAAAAGCUUUCACCAGCCCUCUUUGUUUAAGCAGACUUGUAGUGUGUUUACUCCAACGUAUUGGUCUCCGGGGGCCACAGUAAGUGCACUCAGAUUGCACUACAGAGAGUCCAGGAGAAACCUAAAGUUUUCUGCUUAAUUCCUCCUCUGUCUGAUGGACGUGGAUUGGUUCAGUAUUAGCAUGCCAUAUACUAUGAUGUGGAAUCUCCCUUUAGUUGGUUUGUGGUGUUAGAAGCCACUUUUGUCUUCGUUAUGUUGUCUUAAAUGUGUUUUUGUUUUUUAUUGUACUCCUGGGAAAACUGGAAUUUUGACACAGGAAUUUGAGACUUCAAUUAUAUGUCACCUUUUUCAACUCAAAUCCACAGAUGGCCCCAAGUUAGCAUGUUAGAGAUACCAAGCCUCAUUCAUAGGACACGAGCAGAAUUGAACUGUGAAAUAUUCGUAAAUCCACUCUUGGGGGCCAUUCACACAGAACCAAUAAAAAAAACAUGUCUCGAGAUCGUAGU